UGUAGCUAUUUUCGGGGCUGUAACAAAUAAUAGGUGUCGAACGAAAUCUUCUAUAACCGCAUUGCAACGAAAUGCUACGAAAUAAAAACAUGUUGUGAUUUACGAGUUAUACCGAACGAGAAAAGUGUUGCAGGAUUUACAGUAGCAUUUAUAGGCGAACUGCUAAUCGAGCACAUGUAUUUUGCGACAAUCUUCAAAGUUUGUAAAAUGCUUUAUCAAUUGUUUUGGUUCCUGGCGACAUGCUGCACAUUCAUUAUGCACUCACUAUGGAUAUGCUGUAACUUCGCUUCCGUUGGCAUUCCUUGGUUGAUGUUGCUUUUGUUGUUGGUGUGUAUCGGUUCCAAAUUUGUAAAGCUUAAAUCUCCUACUGACGAAGUUGUCAUGUCCAUGCUGUCGAAGAAGGAUGAAAGCGAGUUGCUGUUCUGGCCUAUCGUCAACCGGGGUGGGGCAUUUGAUGCACCCGACAAUUCACUGGCGGCGAUCAAUCAGUGUAUGGCAUUAAAGUGUCAGAAAAUUUUACUAGAUCUCAGCAUCACGAGCGAUGGAAAAGCAAUAAUAUUCCACAAAUCGACGCUUGAAAAAGCGAAUAUAAACGAUCCCGUAAAUAAGCUUGAUUCUAGUUUCUUCGAAAAUUUUAACAUCGCCGAACAUCAUCCGCUAAGUCAACUGUUCCAACCAGAAAAAGUACUGACAUUCGAGAGACUCUUGACGCUGCUAGAAUCUUCGAAUGUUACCGUAUUUCUUCGAGCUUCGCAUAUCAAUUCUUAUCUAUUGGAUAGGGUUCGCGAGGCGGCUGCAAAAUGUUCUAUUUUUACGAAACGCAUUAUCUUUUGUUGCUCCUCCCCGACGGCAAUUUACCAGCUUCGCACGCAUUGCCCAGAUCUGGUGUGCGGUCUCUGGAUGGAAAAAUCAUGCCACAUGCUAAUGCCCCGCUAUUUUACUACCUCGACGAUAUUGCUAUCAAUUCUUGGUGCCAUUUAUCGAAACAUAAUCGCGCCCGUGAUUGGCGUUAGUCUAGUCUUCAUCCACAAGGACGAGUUUAAUGCACAAAUUUCUACAUUGUGGAAGAUCGUCGGUGUUCGGCCUAUUGUGUACACAAUAAACUGGCCGAAUGAAAAGCGCUAUUUUCAGCAGGUGACCAAAACGCUUUAUCUCACGGACUCGCUACGUUCCGAGCCGCAGAUAAUUUUCAAAUCAAAACGACAACAGUAGUAAUACGCGCACGACUUUAUUGCAAUCAUCGGUGUCAUAGGAUAUUAUUGAAUGUGAAAUGUUUGUGUUGUAUUAAGCAUUUAGUUCCUUAAAUUGGACUUUUGAGUAAAGCAGGUGCCAUGAAUAACUCAAUGACCCCGUAUUGCCGUAUCACUUUUGCCAAACGAAUUUCGAUGGGAAAAGAUUAUACGGUUAUUUAUUUAUUUUUUUAGGCCAAAGCAAAGGGCGGAAACCACCCAAUUUUUGUUGGGGACGCUGAGUAUUAUUAGUAUCCUUAUUUAUGCCGCAUAGUCCGAGGCAUUUUUAGUAAUGAAGUAUUGUUUUUUUUUUAUUUUGUUUUUUUUUAAUGGCCUCAUUAUUGUGUUUUAUAUCGA